AUAUAAAUGCUUCUAAUGAAAUUGUAAAUCUUUGUGUUGGUUAUGUCUUUGAAUCAUGGGAAGAGAUCGAUAAGAUUAUAAAAAUCUACGACAAACGAGAAGGAUUUGGCGUUUUGACGUUCAUAAUCACCGCAAUUGUAAAUCGAAAUGACAAGGGUGCGAAUGGCAUGCCAAUAUUAACUCCCCAAGAAAUUGAAAUUCAAUUUCUUACUGAAAAUGGAAAUUUAUCAAUUGGCACUCAAAAAAAGUUAUUAAAGGCAAAAUUUCCAACUGAAUCUAUUCUUGAUCGCAAUCUUUCAAACAUCAUACAAAAAUUCAAAAUCCAUACUGAUGAAAAGCUGGAUGCAUCUCAGCAGAUUGUUCUUUGGUUAAAGUAUUAUGAUGUCAUUUUAAAUAACAACACCGCCAAAACCAACUGUUAUCAAAUACCACUUUCACUUUUUCUCAUUGUGGACAACAACACUAGGUUACGUCUUGUCGUACAAGCUCUCGUGUCAAACGAAACAACAGAGUCCUAUAAAUGGAUCCUGGAAUGCACAAAAAAAGUAACAAUGAUUAAGUCAUUAGUAUUCAUUACGGAUGCGGAUCCUGCAGCAGAUGCCGCUUACUCAAACGUUAAAGAUUACCUGAUGAGAGCGCUUUACCCCAGCCAACAAGUGUGGACACGUGCAUUUAUAUCAAAAAUAUUCACAGCGAAAAUUCAAACUACCUCUCGUGUCGAAGACCUCAACAGCAUUGUCAAACGUCUAUUAACAGCAAGUAGCAGUUUGUGUGAUCUUGUUGAUGCACUCGAUGCAAGACUCCAAGAUGAGGCACAGUGGAAUCAGUUUUUUGAAUACCAGACUAUGUCAUCUUGUAUGGAAAUUGUGUCAGUGAAUCACGAUUUUUUUUCUGAAAUCGACAAAAAAAUGUCCAAAUAUCUCACCCUCCACAUAUUGUCUGCAGAACGUCUGGAAAUGUCGCAAUGUCUAUAUUUUGAUUCCAACCUUAUUGUGACGGAUGGAUUUGUUGAGAAUUCAUAUGAUGCCAAACAAAUUCUAUUGAAAUCAAUAAUUGCUGAAGUUGGCAAAGAAAAUGUUCGAGAAUGGUUGAUUCUAUUUCUUACUUAUGUUCGUGCAUGUCGAACAUAUCUCGUGACAUCAUCUGUCACCAUUAUUUUCAGACAAGGAUAUAAUUACGAAUACCUACUGUUUUGCGAAUCAAGAAUCAGUGAAGAAUCAACUGAACGAAAUACUAAUGCCAAAUUCCUCGACUAUAUCCAAGUCCAUGAUCUUGCUGUUGAUUACGGUAACCAUAGUGAGAUGGUGGCAUGGUUAAAAGAGUUUAUUGGCUGGCAUAAAGAAACAGCGGCUACACUUACCGGGUCAGUGCGAAAUUGGAAUCUCCAAGAACCCCUCGAAAUCCAAGCUAACGAUGAAAACAAGGAAAAUGAACCUGGAUCAAUUAAAAAUCCAUUAGAAAAUCACGCACAUACACCUGCAGUGCAUGUGAUCAAACAGGACACAAUAGCGCAACAUGUCAAAAUCGCUAGAUUUACUCCGUUAUCAAAACAUCAUUUGGAUGUUGGUAAUGGUACUAGUAGUAAUAUCAAUAGUAAUAGCGUUGCAUCAUCAUCACCAACAUUCAAUCAUUUUGCCCAAUAA